AUGUCAGAUCUGUCGUGGUGUCCAGUUUGCGAUAAAGCCAUUAAUGCCUUUUCGGAUUCAUUGUAUUGCAGUGAACAAUGCCUUCGAGCUGAUGCGCUUCGUAAUCAUCCAUUGUUGGGCUACAAUUACGAAGAAUUUGUCGAUUUCCCUCGACCUGCUUGCGCUUCAAAGAGAAACAACAACACCACCACGUUGUCCAUGUCUUCGUCAAUAUCAUCAUCGUCAUCCUUGUCAUCUACCAACAGCAGCAGCAGCAGCAAUAAUAAUAAUAACCAUUGCAACACUACCUCCAUGUCAUCAUCACCUUGUGUCUCUCCCACGUUGACAGCAGCAAGUUCAAGUUCUUCCAGUACCACGGCUACGUCGAUAGCAUCGUCAUGGCGAUCUUCCAACAAUAUCGAGCAACAUUUUACCCCGCCAAAGUUUGACUUGUGUGAUACCACAGGUCGGAAUGCUGCUGGUGCUCUUGCCACAGCUCAUGGUGGUGGUGUUACUACCAUCCAUCAUCAUCCAUACUAUUCCCAUCAUCCUCGACAUAUGAAAAGUUCACGUUCUUGA